AAAUUUUUUAACAAAAAGAAAAACUCUACCAAACCUCUCUUCCUCUCCUUCAGUUGGCGAUUGUGUAGAAAGCUCGUAUUUCUAUGUCUGUGCAAUAACUUCCAUGGAAGCAGACUCGUCUGAAAGACCAAGGCUUCGUUACUUCCGCUGUAGCUUCUGUAGACGCUGUUUCUGUUGCUUCUACUCAUACGCAUAGCCCUAACAAAAACCCUAAUCAGAAUAGAUAGUCAAUUUGGAUUAGUUGUUUAUGGAUUCAUCGCAUGCUCCGUCAGGUCUCUCUCUAGGGUUCCACUCUCAAACAUCACCGUUGCCUGCGAAAAUCCCGGCCGUGGUCGCCGAGGAUUCGUUUUCAUUUCAGAUUGAUUCAAAUUUUUGCGGCUCAUCAAAUCGGGUACCUCUUCAAUUGUUCGAUCAGAAGGAUGAUAAUCGGGUUGAGAAUGGCGAGGUUGAAGGGGAUUCUGAGCAGUUCAGCAUAUUAGGACACCGUAUGUGUAUAAAGAGGGAUAGGGAUUCUCAAGCGUGCUUACCUUCGAAGCGGAUUGCAAUCGGGUCGGGACUCGAGGAGCGGCAAGCUUGGGUACGGUCAUGGGGUAACCAGCCUAUUGGGGACGCCGACCCCGAGGUCCUUGAAAUUAUGGAGAAAGAGAAACAGAGACAAUUCAGAGGGAUUGAAUUGAUUGCUUCUGAGAAUUAUGUGUGCCGUGCUGUAUUGGAAGCUCUAGGAAGCCACGUAUCCAACAAGUACUCGGAGGGAAUGCCCGGAGCUCGGUACUACACUGGCAAUCAAUAUAUUGAUCAAAUUGAAUUGCUUUGCAUGGAGCGGGCAUUGGCUGCUUUUGGCCUUGACUCUGAUAAAUGGGGCGUGAAUGUGCAACCAUAUUCAUGUACCUCUGCAAAUUUGGCAGUUUACACAGGGCUUCUACUUCCUGGUGAUAGGAUAAUGGGGUUGGAUUCGCCUUCUGGUGGCCAUAUGAGUCACGGGUACUAUACCCCAAGUGGGAAGAAGGUAUCUGCUGCGUCGAUAUUCUUUGAGACUUUACCUUAUAAGGUGAACCCGCAAACAGGUUACAUUGAUUAUGAUAAGCUUGAGGAGAAGGCCUUGGAUUUUCGCCCAAAGAUACUUAUUUGUGGCGGGAGCUCCUACCCACGAGAGUGGAAUUACUCAAGGUUUAGGCAGAUUGCAGAUAAGUGUGGAGCAUUUUUGAUGUGCGACAUGGCUCAUAUUAGCGGUCUUGUUGCAGCCAAGAUAUGUGCAAAUCCAUUUGAGUAUUGUGAUGUUGUUACCUCAACUACUCACAAAAGUCUGCGAGGCCCUAGGGGUGGUAUUAUCUUUUACAGGAGAGGUGCCAAGCAAAGGAACAAUGGAAUGCUGCUUAAUCAUAGUGAUGGCAUUAGCCACUAUGAUUUUGAGGAAAAGAUAAAUUUUGCAGUAUUUGCAUCAUUGCAAGGGGGUCCUCACAAUAACCAUAUUGCUGCUCUUGCCAUUGCCUUAAAACAAGUUGCUACUCCUGAGUUCAAAGUAUAUACGCAACAGGUGAAGAAAAAUGCUCAAGCUUUAGCAUCUGCGUUGUUGAGAAGAAAAUGCAGGUUGGUGACUGGAGGAACUGACAACCAUUUACUGCUCUGGGACCUAACUACUCUAGGAUUAACAGGCAAGAAUUAUGAGAAGGUCUGUGAGAUGUGUCAUAUCACUCUCAAUAAAACUGCCAUAUUUGGUGAUAAUGGUGCAUUUUCCCCUGGAGGAGUAAGAAUUGGUACUCCUGCUAUGACAUCACGAGGUUGUUUAGAGGCUGAGUUUGAAACAAUCGCCGACUUCCUUAUUAGGGCUGCACAAAUAACUGGUCUUGUGCAGAGGGAACAUGGUAAACUGCAGAAAGAUUUUCUCAAGGGUAUUCAAAACAAUAAAGAUAUUGUCGAGCUUCGGAAUCAGGUUGAGAUGUUUGCCUCCCAGUUUGCGAUGCCUGGAUUUGACAUUUGAAAUACAUUAGAUCAACAGCCUGCAUAUAUCAUACUUGAUAUACUUGCGUCUGCGGCUAACUACGUUCUGCAUGGUAACUCAUCUUCGACACCACCGCCCCUUGGCUCUCUGUUUCAGUUUGUUUUUUGUAGAGAACAGAAAGAUCAAUCUUCUGGAUAUGAACGUUUCCAAAGUUCUACUGGUUUCAAAUAAGAAUUUUUGUUCCCAAUUGUUUAGUAAUAUGAAGCAAUAAAUUGCAUUUUUGAGAUUUUAAUUUCUAUUAAAGGUAUACACUACUCUUUUGCCACUGUAUAUGUGCAACUUAAUGCAGAACCUGGCUGUACAUUUCUCCUUCA